AUGGGUGCAGAGGUGCUGCGGUCGCGACCCGUACGCUGGGCGCUGCUCGCUGCCUUUGCGGCCGGGGUGCUGGUGGGCUGGCAGGCAAACAGUGCCCGCCGCCGGUUUCUCCGCUGGCGCCAGCGCUGGCUCCAGCGCCGGCUCGCCGCCACCAAAGAGAAGCUGGAGGCGGCCUGA